UAAGCUCAUGUUAUACAACAACUUUUAUAUGAAUCUUUUUAAUAGCUUUUAUUACCCCAUCACUACUUCAUUUUCAGUUUUUAACUAUUUUCUCCGCCAACAUUUAUUAACUAGGUAUACCUAUACUGACUUCUAAUGAAAGGGCACUCAGUUGUUCCCAGAACAAAAAAAUAUGGAAUUUCGCCUCUCCCAACUAACAGACACUCAAUAUUUGAGGAAAAUCGUGGUGAACUACAACUAACCAUUGGUUCUUUAAGAAAAUUUUGCUCUCCGAGGGAUUGUGACUUGAAAGACAUCUACGUUUCAAUUCAACUGAUUACUUCGGGAAUUCCAGGAGAAACUAAGUUCACAAAGAAAAAGUCUGAGCUUAAUGCGGUUUAUCUGGAAAACUUCACGUUUUCAUGCGCCCAUAUUGAUCUCGUCUACGCCCAGAUUAAAGUCCUCGGCAUUCUUGUAAGUGGCGGAGAUUCUGCGGGAGCUGAAGAGCUCGAGUAUCUGCUUGGAGAAUGCUUGCAUCCACUCAAAGUUUUAGAGUUGGACGGGGAGCCUUUUUGGAUCCGCGCUUUCAAGCAGCCGAAUGAGCCUUCAGGUGCGCUAGACAGCAGCCGAGCGAUAGUAACUGCAGGGGAAGUCCAGCUUUCAGGGACUUUUGAUUAUUAUCUUAAAAGAGGCAAAAAAGAGGACCUCACAAUGGAUAUUAUAAAAGAAGAUGCAGAAGUUGUUGCAGACGCUUUGCUUCAAAAGGAAAAGUUGAUUAGAAAUAAAAUUGGCCAAAGAAAAAGUUGUCUUUUCGAUUUAGAAACUCGUGCUGGCGACUAUUUAGAAGAUGGUUCUGUAAAUUCGCUUAAAAAAGAAAUAGACCAAAUUGAAAGGGAAUUAGGGCAAACAACUGCAUCUCUUCCAAAAGCUUCAGAUAUGGCACAACCGCGAGUAAACAGCAGUAACCUUACGCGCAGGGAACGUGCGCGUCUGGUGGCCUCUACUUACCACGCCUCUAAACAAACGGGAACCAACAUUUAUGGGGAGGUCAGUCCCUUCAUGGCAGGAGCGAGCAUCUUUAAAAGCGAGCAUCGCCCGUUGCCGCCCGUCGAAUCAUUAGUCGUUCAACCGCUAGCCGAGACGGACGGCCGCCUGAAAGCAGCGGUUGCGGAGGCAUUGCUACCGGUUCUCUGCCGUCUUGACAACCUGCAAAGAGAACUCUCGUUCUCGCAUGUAAGCAAAAGCGAUGCGUCCACCGACGUCGACACCCGCAUCGUCCAGCUUGAAGCGGAAUUGGCUAGAAAAGAGGCGAUAAUCGUACAACUGGAUUUGCUUCUUAAGAAAACAAUGCUGAGUUUUGGAGAAAAUGCAUCGUUGUCGGUCAUGCAGGAACUAACAAGCUUUGAUAUAAAAAAUGGGCUAGAAGUUUUUAGUGAUGAAGAGGAAAAUCAGCUUCUUAAGAAGAAAAAUGAAUUACUGAGAAGUUUAUCGGUUGCGAAUAAGAAGUUUGCUGAAGUUCGGCUAAGAAAAUUAAGAGAAGAAGUGAACGAGCUGGAAAUUUCCUUAAAAAAGAGUCAAGCAAUACCCGCUCCGUCGCCACUAUCUGCCCCCGCCUUGCCGAUUCCGCUCAGCUCACCCACACCUGCUAAGGGCGUUGUUCCCCAGGACAUCGACUCGAUCUUGACGCAGCUGGAAAAACUCGAUAAGCUUGACAGCAUCCUCACCAAACUAAACGAAAUGAACGUUCCCCGUUUGAACCAAGGUUUAAGCGGCCCCAUGCGGAGUCUGGAGGACAUUCAGGGGGAUAUGAAAAAGGAGCUGGAAGUCAUUAUGAGCGAGACCGCCACGGAAAGGGAAAGAGAAAUGGCCAACAUCCAAUACGAGCAGCUCAUUGCCGAGAUGGAGAAGUGUCCCGAAUUUCAAGAGGAGCAGAAGAGGAUAAAAAAACAAAAGGAGGAAAAAGAGAUGCCCCUUAAUCGCGCUGCGUGGGAGAAGCUGAAGGACGAAUUUUUACCAGACCGAUUGAUUAAUGAGGACGUACGAAAGCGUCUCCAGAGGAACCCCGAACUGGCCUUGAUAAGUAUAAACAAAGAGCAAAUCUUACAGCGCCAUGCUAAUGACUUCCGCGCCUUUGUGCUAAACGGGUUAAGCUCAGAAGAGCUCAGAGCGCUCUAUUAUAACCUGCCAGACUUCAAACAAGAUCAACCUGUCCAAUCAGAAUUCAAACAAAGGGUCUUUGAGAAAAUCGAUGAGACUGCAUGCAGAGAAGAGGAACUGAGGAAGAACCCUCAACCUAAGAAGGUUGCUAAGAAACUGAAGUUCCAAAAAGUUUCUGGAAACUUAAUGGAUGAGCUCGCACUAUUCCAACAAAAGUUAGCAGCACCAGGGGAAGAAUGACGCGCUCGCAUAAAUAAACAGGAAAAAAGAAAGCAUUGAAAACUUUAUUACUUUAUGUUCAUUGGUUAAAGGUUGGCCACUUUUCGUCUCCUACUCAUAAACAAGUUUGAAGCAGAAGACGUGUCUAA